CAAAGUUGACAGCACAGUCCACAGAGAUCUUGCUUGCUUUCAUGCAAUACUACCAAACUUUUUGUACCACGGCUAUUAAAGGGAAAUAAAGUUCAAAAUACUCUUAUGAAGUCAGUGAUUGUCGUCAAAAAUGCGAGUUCGAAGUAACUCUAUAGCAAGGUUGGACUGGUAUCAUGCUUUACUUUCUGAAACUAUUUUGGAAUGCCAGGAUCCGGUGACAGGACUACUACCGCCAACUGGAGGUCAGUGGAAAUUUGGUUCCAGAGACUAUCCUGGGGAUGCCUGGGUUCGAGAUAAUGUAUAUGGUAGUUUGAGUAUGUGGAGUCUGGCACUAGCUUAUAGCAAAAAUGCAGAUCAUGAUGAUGAAAAGGCGAAGGCAUUCGAACUGAAACAAAGUGUGGUAAAAUUAAUGAGAGGUUUGCUGAUGAGCAUGAUGCAACAGGUUGAAAAAGUGGAAAAAUUCAAGAAGACUCAAUCCAAAGAUGAUGCUCUGCAUGCCAAAUAUAACUACCGAACAGGUGAAACAGUCGUGAGUGAUCAUGACUGGGGACAUUUACAAAUUGAUGCUACAUCACUCUACUUGCUUGUUUUGGCCCAAAUGACUGCAUCAGGUUUACAGAUAAUUUUUACUCUCGACGAAGUGUCUUUUAUUCAAAACUUGGUAUUCUAUAUCGAAGAAGCAUAUCGUACACCAGAUUAUGGUAUAUGGGAAAGAGGAGAUAAAUUGAAUCAUGGGCUACCAGAACUGAAUGCAAGUUCAAUCGGGAUGGCAAAGGCUGCCUUGGAAGCAUUAAAUGGUUUGGAUUUGUUUGGAUCCAGGGGCGGACCGCAAUCCGUAAUUCAUGUUCUGCCUGAUGAAAUCCAAAGAUGCAAGGCAAUACUACAAUCUAUGCUUCCAAGAGAGUCCAGCUCAAAGGAAAUUGCAGCCUCUGUUUUAAGUGUGAUUAGUUUUCCCGCCUUUGCUGUUGAAGAUGCUGAAUUAGUUCAUUCGACAAGAUCUGUCAUUGUUGAGAGACUGGAGGGUAAAUAUGGAUGUAGGAGGUUUUUAAGAGAUGGUUAUAUGACGGCGUUAGAGAGUCCCAGUCGACUCCAUUAUGAACCUGCUGAGUUAAAAAUAUUUGAAAAUGUUGAAUGUGAAUGGCCUCUGUUCUUUGCAUACCUCAUACUCGAUGGAAUUUACAGCAAUAAUCCUCAGCAGGUGAAAAAGUACCAAGAUAUGUUAGAUGCUAUUAUUAUAAAAGACGACGGUGUUAAUCUUAUGCCCGAAUUGUAUUACGUUCCGUUAAAUAAAGUUGAUCUGGAAAAGGAGAAACCCCACAGUCAACCACGUGUACUAGGUGGAAAGCUGCCUCAUAUCUGGUCACAGUCUUUGUAUCUUGUAGGAUGUCUUUUGUCUGAGGGAUUCCUUGAACCAGGGGAACUUGACCCUCUGAACAGACGACACGCCACAACUCCAGGUCCUGAUAUUUGUGUGCAAGUUGUAAUAUUGGCUGAAAACAGUGAAGUGAAUAAAGUUUUAGAAGAUGGUGGAAUUCCAUCUCAAACAAAAGAUUCUGUAAGGAAUAUCAAAGUCCUUCCCGCUCAGUGCUUAAGUCAUGCUUAUCAAGAACUGGGAAAAAACGAUACUCUUGGUCUUUCUGGAAGACCAUACUACGAUAUCGGAGCACUAGGGACUAGUUCUCUCUACAGGGUUGGAAGUUCAAUUUUCGCUUUUACACCUCAGGCAAUUGACACUCAUCAGUUCUACCUGUGUUUGGAUAAUGAAUUACUUGCUGAUGUCAUAAGAACUUUAUUGGAGUACCUCAAAAUUAACUGGACAUUAAUGGGACGACCGACGUUAACACUUGUUGUUAAUCGGGCUAUGUUUGAGCCUGAGGGAUUUUUUUCUUCUUCUAUUGGGAAACUGUUAUUGAAGAUUAAAACUGGCUAUUGUGCUGGUGUUAGAGUUACCUUGGGUAAUCUUUCAAAUUUCUACAGUACUUCAUGGAUUCGAAAUUUACCAUUCUUGGCGGGGAAUCAAGAUUUUUUGAAAAAAUGGAGGCCAAGGGGGGCACGUCGCGAACUAUUGCGAUCCCCGUCAACCAGCGAAGUGCAAUCGUCUACGCCUGGGAAUGAGAGACGUGCUUCUGUUCAUGGCGCAGUACGGCGUAGCUGGAGUGUGUCUGCAUAUUAUAUACAGGAUGUAACAAAACUUCGAUCAUCCAGUUCUGGCUCUCAAACUGAUAUUGAUUUUGAUCGUCUCGAAUAUGCACAAGAUGAAUUACUUUCACCUUCCACAAGUGGAUAUUCUGUGUGUUCUCUUGAUGACAUCAUAAAACAACUGGAGGAAGCAGAAAGUCUUCAUUCUCAAGCAGACUUACUUCAUUACCUUCAUUGUACUGUCGGUGCUGAAUACGAUACUAAACUUGGCGGUGCACAAGGUUCUACAGUGAAAAAGUUACUUGAGGAACUUUAUGAAAAAGCCUGUGAGAAGAAACAAUGGUCUUUGGUUCGUCAUACCGCUGGCUUGUUACAGAAACGAGUGGAAGAUUUAGCUGAGGCUGUAACAGAUCUUCUUGUGCGAGAAAAACAACUCACCGUUGGAUUACCAAAGGUUACCAUCGAGCGAGUUAUUGACAGACCUUUACCGCCGGAUGAGCUUCAUACAAUUAUCUUCAAUAUCUGCGCCGAAGACAGUUGUAACGCCGUUCUUACUCAGGAAUUACUGGUAUAUCUAGCGAUGUUUAUAAGAACUGAGCCACAAUUAUUUAAGGAAAUGUUAAGGAUCAGGGUCGGUUUGAUUACUGAGGUUAUUGCAUCUGAAAUGGGGCGUCUUUUAGAGGGAAGUGAUGUCGAGCUUGAGGAUAUUCCCGAAUUGUUUAUGAACCUCAGUCCAUUUGAGAUGAAGACUCUUCUUUAUCACAUUCUAAGCGGGAAGGAAUUCAAUGUUUCCAGAGACUCCCGAAGAGCGCCGACUGAUAGACAAGUCUCUUUUAUGAACAUUGACUUGCCAAAAAGGGUUGGAAUCAGGAAGUUGAAAAAAACUAUAAAGAGUAUGAACGUAACAAAAUCGACAAGUGACCUGUUAAACGAUGAUAGUGAAAAUGAAUAUAACCACGGCCUGGGGAAACUGGGUGUUUGGAUCAGACGAAGACGGGUUGACGGAGCUUUAAACAGAAUACCUGUUGAUUUCUAUCCAAAGCUUUGGAAGAUUUUUGAAAAGUGCGCAGGACUGAGUAUUGAAGGACAUUAUCUAUCAAAUACUAUCAUUCAAGAGAUGACUCCAGGCGAAAUGAAAUUUGCUCUACGAGUUGAAAGUGCCUUAAAUUGUAUCCCUCAGCCAGAAUAUCGCCAAUUGAUGGUGGAAGCUUUAAUGAUUUUAUCUUUAAUUGUUGAAACUUAUCCUGAUCAGAAGCUUGGUGAAAUUGUAGCUGUUGAUGAGAUUGUAAGAGAAGCUCACACCCUGUUCUUACAUGAUCAGGUAAAAGAACGCGGUGAUGCAUCAUUAUGUUGCUGUGCUUCAUCGCGGGAAAAUCAAGUUGAUUGUGGUGGAAGUGCAGGAAUAUGUAAACAUUUCUACGAUUCUGCCCCAAGUGGUCGUUAUGGAACUAUGACAUACUUUUCCCAAGCAGUAGCUGCUCGUCUUUGCUUACUUUCUCAUAUGAAGGAAUGUACUAUAAGUUGAUACAAUACGAUCAAUAGUUGA